AUGAUCGUUGAUAAGAUCCAUGUAACCGGCGAUCUCCGAGUCGAGCGCCGUUUCGCUGCUAUCAACGGCAAGACAUAUGGUUAUCUCUACAGUGCGCCCGAUACAGGCCUUCAUGGCUUCCCGGACCUGUCAAUGGGAUGGCGGUAUCAGAUUCCCAUGCUGACGGAUAUGGGUCUGAGGGUCAUUGCGCCAGACUGCCUAGGAUACGGGAGGACGGACGCCCCAGAAGAUCCACAUCAUUAUUCUCACAAAAGUUGCGCCAAUGACAUCAAAGAACUCGCGUUCCAGCUUGGUAUUCCGAAGAUCAUUGUCGCCGGACAUGAUUGGGGCGCCGCUCUCGCAUACCGUGUAGCCCUCUGGCACCCAGAACUAGUAACACACAUCAUCACCGUCUGUGUACCAUACGCCGCGCCAACGAGGCGAUACUUUCCCCUCAAAGACAUGGUAGAAAAAAUAACGCCUCAUUUCUAUUACCAACUACAGUUCAUCAGUGGAGAGCUGAAUAAAUACGUUGAAACCAAAGAAGAUAUCAAAAGAUUCCUCUCCGCAAUGUACGGCGGGCGGACCCCUGAAAACGAAAUGGCGUUUGAUGCAGAAUUGGGCAUUCUGCCCGAUAAGUUGGCGCGUGUACUUCCCUCGGAGUUGUUAAGCGAGGAAGAACUCGAAUACUAUGCGGAGGAGUUCUCGAGGAACGGUUUCCAUGGUCCAUUUAAUUGGUAUCGAACCCGGGAAAUCAAUUACAAAGAGGAAGUUGCCAUCCUUAACAAACGUAUCACUGCUCCCGUGCUAUUUAUCCAAGCUCUCCGCGAUACGGCUCUUCCGGCACAUCUCGGUAGGGGAAUGACCAAGACUAUUCCCCAUAUGACCUUCAAGCAGAUCAAUACCUCUCAUUGGGCGCUAUGGGAGAAGCCAGAAGAGGUCAAUGAGAUAAUUGCGUGGUGGUUAGAUGAGGUUGUAUUCCGUGACCCGAGGAUGUUUAAGUUGUGA